AAAUGCCAAAUUUACAGAAGUAAACAUGGCGGUUGCCAGUGAGCUGCAGUGGGUCCCUGAAACCCUUUACAAUGCCGCUAUUUCUGCUGUUGUUUCGACCUAUUCAAGACACAGAAAAGAACUUAGACCUUUGCCUGAGAAUAUACAGUUCGACAUUUAUUAUAAAUUGUACAAACAAGGGAGACUAUGUCAGCUUGGGAUGGAAUUCUGUGAACUGGACAUCUUUGCAAAGGUCCUACGAGUAAAUGACAAAAGACACUUUCUUCACCACUGUUUCCAAGCAUUGAUGGACCAUGGUGUCAAGGUGGCUACUGUCCUAGCAGACUCCUACGCUACCCAUGCAUCAAUAGAGGAACAAAACCAGGACCGGGUUAGUCGGACGGUUCAGCUGGGGUUUUCAUUAGGUGGUUUUCUAUCAGAAGCAGGUUGGUUCUGUAAUGCAGAGAAGGUCUAUGAGGCAUGCUUAAGGUUAUGUAAACCAGAGACGGACCAACAGAGAUUAAUACGAGCAUUUGAAUGCACUACAAGAUUAAUACAUGUCCGGAAUGCUAACUGCAAGUACAGCCAAGCUGAGGACUCAUACAACUCCGCUCAGAAACUCUUGGAGAAACUCAAAGGGAUGGGUGUGGCUGUCAACGAGGCUGCACUUCAUGGUGAGAUGUGCUCACUUCUAUUUUCCAAGAGCCAUUACGAUGAAGCGUACAAGUCAUGUCAGGCGGCCCUACGUUCCAUCUCACCCCGCCUACCUGUCCGAUGUAUUAUAGACAUUCUUCGUCAAGCAGCCAAAGCAUGUGUUGUCAAGAGAGAGUUCAAGAAGGCAGACUUGCUCAUCAAACAUGCAGUGUGUCUUGUUAGGGAACAUUUUGGUGUCAGGCAUCCUAAGUAUUCAGAUGUUCUGUUAGACUUUGGUUUUUACUUGCUCAAUGUAGACUCAAUAUGCCAAUCGACAGCAGUGUAUCAGCAAGCUCUGGAUAUCCGGUUAUCAGCAUUUGGAGGUAGGAACCUCCAUGUAGCAGUAGCCCAUGAAGAUCUAGCCUAUGCAUCCUAUGUGCAUCAAUACAGCUAUGGCAAGUUUGAUGACGCUAAGGAGCAUGCAGAGAAAGCCAUCAGUAUCAUCACUCAAAUCUUACCUGAAAAUCAUCUCCUGUUAGCAUCCUCAAGAAGGGUCAAAGCACUCAUACUUGAGGAGAUAGCUAUAGACUCCCAUGACAAGGACAUUGAGACCAAACUGCUCCAAGAGGCCCAUGACCUCCACCAAUCUUCACUCAAUCUUGCCAAGCAGGCCUUCGGAGAGUUCAAUGUCCAGACUGCUAAGCAUUAUGGGAAUCUUGGAAGGCUCUACCAGUCAAUGAGGAAAUUCAAGAUGGCUGAGGAGAUGCAUGUUAGAGCAAUUGAAAUUAAAGAGAAACUCCUGGGUGAAGAAGACUAUGAGGUUGCUCUGUCUGUGGGUCAUCUUGCCUCUCUUUAUAACUAUGAUAUGAAGCUGUAUCACCAGGCUGAGAAACUCUACCUCAGAUCAAUUGAAAUAGGCAAAAAGCUGUUUGGCUCAGGCUACAGUGGUCUGGAAUAUGACUACAGGGGAUUGAUCAGUCUCUAUUACAGCACCUCUAACCAUGCUCGCAUGUUUGAGUUCCAGGAUAUACUAAACCAUUGGAACAACAUCCGCGACGGGAACAGCAGUCCUGUGGACAUCCUGGAAUACCUUGCAAACUGCAGGACAGAACUUACUACAAAAGAGAUCAUUGAUAAGUUCUUCAAAAUUGAUUAAACCUCCAGUCUUGUGGAUGUUGUCAACUUUCCUAGGUUCAUGAAAAUUUACAGCACGACCAACAACUGUGUGUGCAUCUGUUGUACAGGACAGAACUCAUCAGUGGCAAGUGUCAGUUACAGGUUCUCUUGAAGAUUGAUUACUCUGUGGAUAUUUUUUGGAUAACUUGCCAACAGCAGCAGAGGACUCCCUGCAAAGAGGCCACUGAUCAUAUGUUUCACAUGGACUGAACAAGUAUCUUCAUUUCCUGGCCAAAUCUAGGACAGGCUUCACCUGCAAAGCUAUAUAAGGCAGUUUGUGGAAUAAUCACUUUAAAGUUUUGUUGCUGGAUGUAACUUGCCACCUAGGUCCUUGAUAGAUUCUGAAUGAUUAGUUAUAUUUCUCCAGGUGGGUGUUUCAUAAAGCUGUAAGUUACGAGCAACUUUAAGAAUGACUUGCGAUCCUUUCUUAUUGGAGCUAAAUCAUCACCAAUGAAACUUGUGCAGAUAGUUUACCACAAGAAAAAGAUCACCAGUCAUUCGAUUAGUCCCUAGUAACUUUAUGGAACAUCCACUGGGUGUGUGAAUGUUUAGUUUGCUUAGGCGACCACUCUUGAACAGAGGUCCUCUUGAAAGAAAAUCAUUGUUAAGGUCGUUAGGGUUAAUGAACAUUCAUGUAUAUUGAAAUACCUUUGAAAGUAUGUAGUAAAGAAAGAAUGAGUUCUUGCACCCACCGAGAGGAUACUUGAUAUUUCACAUUACAAUUUGGUUUAAUGAAUAUGGGUGAGAAACCUUUAAAAAAGUUUCAUGGACCCGGUCUUGUAAUUCAUUCCUAUCUUAAUUGAUAUUUCUCACACAAUGAGAUUUACCAUUCACCGUACCUUAACAGCACUGUGGAUAUCAUUAUAGCCUUCAGCAGCUUAAUAGCUAUCACUAUAUCGUUGCACACACCACAAACCGUCCUCUCUGCGCACUUCGAUGCGAAAGUUAAGUGCAUUGUAUCUGUUCCACGAACCGUCCUCUCUGUUA